AUGGUGUCCAUCCUAGACCAACUCAUCGAUGCCCGCAAGGAUAUUCAGCUCUCGAGGUACCUCACUAUCAUGUCACUGGCGAUCAUAACUUACGAUUGGGUACUCGGGUUCAGUAAUGAGCUUAUGCUCUUCAGCAAGUCUCGCUUCUCGUUGGGCAAAAUAUUGUACUACUUUAUCCGCUUUCUCAGUUUCUUUGGAUUGUCGUUGAUGACAUAUCACAUUUCGAACUUUCGAUCCGAUUUUUCCCGCUCGAUGUGUGUCAUCUUCACCUGGGUCUGGCCUCUCACCCUCAGCUUCAUGAUGUUCCUCUGCUACUGGCUAUUAACCCUUAGACUCAUUGCCUUGUAUCGUUCAAAAUCUCUCGUCGUCUAUGGCUCGUACGCCAUGCUUUGUCUCUCCUUUACUGCCACAGCCAUUUGCGUCGUGCGCGUUCAGCUAACCUACACCAAACUUGUGUUUUAUAUUGAGCCACUCGAGAUAUGCGGAUUGCUCAGCCACGGACGUGAUAUUGCCACCGCGUUUUAUCCGUCCUUAAUCUUUGAAACCACUUUGACGGUGGUGACUGCUUACCGUGCAUGGGGUGACGUCCGAGGGCAAGCCGGUCAACAACUCGUCCCGUUACUCGUUGUUCUCUAUCGAGAUGGUGCAAUAUUCUAUUUUAUCAUUGUCGCCGUACGCGCGUGGAACAUUUACAUCUUCCUCACACAACCUUUGACGACAAUGUACCUCGCCAUAAGUGUCAUGUGGGCGGCGUUCACCAUCCUCACAACGAGAGCGUACCUGAACCUGUGUGAAGCUGCCAUCGUCCGCCAGCCAGAGGCAGCCGCAGUCGCGACCGUCAUGACCGUCCUCAGCCACAACCACAGCUACUCACAAUCCCACCCGCCACAGCAGUACAGCUCACACUACAAUCACGUAACCUCCUCCGCCAGCCAUCACAUCUCGGGUCACCAUCAGGUGGACGAAUCAUUCGAAUUGAAUGGGGCAUCUAUUCCGGCUUACCACUCGACUCACCCGGCGGUUCUGCGCAAGCUGAGAAGCCUGUAA